AUCGCCGCCAUUAUUACCUUCCUCAGCUUCCACAUUCACCUUCUGCAAGACUGCACCGGCCGAGCCAGUAGCAGCUACCUAGUCUUUGGUCAGUACCCUCUCCUGCGCCGAGUGCUUGCUUUGCUUUCACUGCAGCAGCUUCAGGCUUCAGAGCGCAACCAUGGCCGGCGGCCACGGCCUGCGGCUGCUGCUCCUCCUCGCCGUGCUCGCGGCUGCGUCGCCGGGCGGCGGAGGAGAGGCGGAGAGGGCGCCGCCGGCGCUGUUCGUGUUCGGGGACUCGCUCAUCGACAGCGGCAACAACAACAACCUCGCCUCGCUCGCCAAGGCCAACUACUUCCCCUACGGCAUCGACUUCGCCGCCGGGCCCACCGGCCGCUUCUGCAACGGAUACACCAUCGUCGACGAGCUCGCUGAGCUGCUUGGGCUGCCCCUGGUGCCGCCCUACUCGCAAGCAUCGUCCGUGGAGCAAGUCCUGCAGGGCGCCAACUACGCCUCCGCCGCCGCCGGGAUCCUCGACGACAGCGGCGGCAACUUCGCCGGGCGGAUCCCGUUCAACCAGCAGAUCCAGAACUUUGAGACGACGGUGGCGCAGAUCGCCGCCGCGGCCGGCGCGGCGGCGGCGGCGGAGAGGCUCGCGAGGUCCAUCGUGUUCGUGGGGAUGGGGAGCAAUGACUACCUCAACAACUACCUGGCGCCCAACUACGACACCAGGCGGCGCUACGACCCGCGGCAGUUCGCCGACCUCCUCGCCGGCCAGUUCGCCUCCCAGCUCACCAGGCUGUACAAGGCCGGAGCCAGGAAGUUGGUGGUGGCCGGCGUGGGGUCGAUAGGGUGCAUCCCGACCGUGCUGGCGCAGAGCGCGGCGGGGCGGUGCUCGCCGGAGGUGGACGCCCUCGUGCUGCCGUUCAAUGCCAACGUGAGGGCGAUGCUCGACGGCCUCAACGCCGACCUCCCCGGCGCCCGGUUCACGUACCUCGACAACUUCAGGAUCUUCAAAGCCAUCCUCGCCAACCCGGCCGCCUUCGGGUUGAGCGUAGUGGACAGGGGCUGCUGCGGCAUCGGGAGGAACGGCGGGCAGAUGACGUGCCUGCCCUUCAUGCCGCCGUGCGCCGAGCGGGAGCGCUACGUGUUCUGGGACGCGUACCACCCGACGGCGGCGGUGAACGUCAUCAUCGCCAGGGAGGCGUUCCACGGCGGCGCCGACGUGGUGGCGCCCAUCAACGUUGGCCAGCUUGCCAUGCUCUGAUGAUGACCAAGAUGCAUGCAUGAUGACAACUUGAUGAUGAUUCCGCGCUCCUUGUUUGUACAACUACUAGUGAGUAAACCAAUAAAAUCCGGAGACCGCCUCAAUG